GGAUUGAGUCGCCUGGGCACCCGUAGUUGGGAACCGUGGAACCCUGGUCCCGGGGAAAGGGGGAGGUGUCCGGGCUUGGAGGCUCGGGUGGGCCUCGCGGCGGGCCGGGCCUCAUCUCGUCCCGCGUGGGGAACUCGAGCUCGAGCCGGCCCCGGGGGCGACUCGCGGAGCGGCUGGUGCAGUCAUGGCAGAUUACUGGAAGUCGCAACCAAAGAAAUUCUGUGAUUACUGCAAGUGUUGGAUAGCCGACAAUAGGCCUAGUGUUGAAUUUCACGAAAGAGGAAAGAAUCAUAAGGAAAAUGUGGCAAAGAGGAUCAGUGAGAUUAAACAGAAAAGCCUGGAUAAGGCAAAGGAAGAAGAAAAGGCAUCAAAGGAGUUUGCCGCAAUGGAGGCAGCUGCCCUGAAAGCAUACCAAGAGGAUUUGAAAAGACUUGGCUUAGAGACAGAGAUUUCAGAGCCAAGUAUAUCACCAGUAACAAGCACUGUCCCGCCCACCUCUGCAUCAAAUCAGCAGAAGGAAAAGAAGAAGAAGAAAAAAGACCCUUCAAAGGGCAGAUGGGUAGAAGGCAUAACCUCUGAGGGUUACCAUUACUAUUAUGAUCUCAUCACAGGAGCAUCCCAGUGGGAGAGACCUGAAGGAUUUCAAGGAAACUUAAAAAAGACAGCAGGGAAGACUGUUUGGGUAGAAGGUUUAAGCGAAGAUGGUUAUACCUACUAUUAUAAUACAGAAACAGGAGAAUCCAGAUGGGAAAAACCUGAUGAUUUUAUUCCACACUCUGGCGAUCUGCUUUCUAGUAAAGUCAAUGAAAAGUCACUUGAUACCCUAGAAGAGUCUAAAUCAUCAGAUUCUCAUAGUGAUUCUGGUGGGGAACAGGAGGCAGAAAAAGAAGAGGCCUCUACAGAAACACAAAAGCCAAAAAUAAAAUUUAAGGAAAAAAAUAAAAAUAGUGACAAAGGAACUGAACCAGAAACACAGAAAGAAAAAAAUACCCAAGAGCAAACUUCAUCAGGUCCAAAUGAAGAAAAAUUCAAAGCUCAUAAAAAAUCAAACCCAUAUGGAGAAUGGCAAGAAAUUAAACAAGAAGUUGAGUCUCACGAGGAGGUAGAUUUUGAACUACCAUGCACUGAAAAUGAGUAUGUAUCAACUUCAGAACCUGAUAUUGGUGGACAACCUAAAGUGGUAUUUAAAGAAAAAACAGUUACUUCUCUUGGAAUCGUGGCAGAUGGAGUGGCCCCAGUCUUUAAAAAGAGAAGAAUUGAAAAUGGAAAAUCUAGAAAUUUAAGGCAACGAGGGGAUGAUCAAUAAUUGUAAAAGAAGCUUUUUGUACCUGCUUUUCAGACCACAUGGAGACUGUACAUCUUGAAGCUCCUCUGCGUUUGUUUAAAUGCUACAAAUAAAAUAGUUUUUUUACGUGAAACUUA